GUAGCUUCACGUUACCAACCUCUGCUUCUGCCCAUGGCGCCGCCGCGAGCGAACACUGGCCGUGACGACGGCAGCGAGGCUCUCGUCGGAGACCGGAGCAAGCUCUCGCCGUCGGGCCUGCCGGUACGCGAGAUACCGGGCGGAUAUGGGGUGCCCUUCCUCUCGCCGCUGCGUGACCGCCUCGACUACUACUACUUCCAGGGCGCCGAGGAGUUCUUCCGCUCCCGCGUCGCCCGCCAUGGCGGCGCCACCGUGCUGCGCGUCAACAUGCCACCGGGCCCCUUCCUCGCCGGCGACUCCCGCGUAGUCGCCCUCCUCGACGCGCGCAGCUUCCGCGUGCUUCUUGAUGAUUCCAGCGUCGACAAGGCCGACACGCUCGACGGCACCUUCAUGCCGUCGCUCGCGCUCUUCGGCGGCCACCGUCCGCUCGCCUUCCUCGACGCCGGCGAGCCCCGCCACGCCGAGAUCAAGCGCGUCGUGAUGGGCCUGGCCGCCGCGCGGAUGCACCACGUACCGCCGGCGUUCCGCGCAGCCUUCGCCGCGAUGUUCGACGCCGUCGACGCCAGCCUCGAUGCGUCGUCCGGCACCGUCGAGUUCAACAAGCUCAACAUGAAGUACAUGCUCGACUUCACCUGCGUUGCUCUGUUCGGCGGCACGCCGCCGAGCAAGGCCAUGGGCAACGGCGCCGUCACGAAGGCGGUGAAGUGGCUCAUCUUCCAGCUGCACCCGCUUGCCAGCAAGAUCGUCAAGCCGUGGAUGCUGGAGGACAUCCUCCUCCACACCUUCCGCCUGCCGCCGUUCUUGGUGCGCGGUGAGUACGCGGAACUCACGGCGUACUUCGCCGACGCCGCCGCCGCCGUCCUCGACGACGCCGCGAAGAACCAACCGGGCAUCCCCCGCGACGAACUCCUCCACAACCUCGUCUUCGUCGCCAUCUUCAACGCUUACGGCGGCUUCAAGAUCUUCCUGCCGCACCUCGUCAAGUGGCUCGCCCGCGCAGGCCCGGAGCUCCACGCCAAGCUGGCCGCCGAGGUCCGAGCCGCCGCCGUACCCACCGGCGGCGAGAUCACCAUCUCCGCCGUGGAGCAGAUGCCUCUGGUAAAGUCAGUGGUGUGGGAGGCCCUGCGCAUGAGCCCCCCGGUGGAGUUCCAGUACGGCCGCGCGCGCCGCGACAUCGUCGUCGAGAGCCACGACGCGGCGUACGAGGUGCGCAAGGGCGAGCUGCUGUUCGGGUACCAGCCGCUCGCCACCCGCGACGAGCGCGUGUUCGACCGCGGCGGCGAGUUCAUCCCCGACCGGUUCGUCAUCGCCACCGGCGACAACAACAACGACGACGACGCUCGGCACGGGCGGCGGCGGCUGCUGGAGCACGUGGUGUGGUCGAACGGGCCGGAGACCGGGUCACCAUCGGAGGGGAACAAGCAGUGCCCCGGGAAGGACAUGGUGGUGGCGGUGGGCCGGCUGAUGGUGGCGGAGCUGUUCCGGCGGUACGACACGUUCUCGGCCGACGUGGAGGAGCUGCCGCUGGAGCCGGUGGUCACGUUCACGUCGCUGACCCGCGCCGCCGGCGGCGGCGCGCGUGAGAGCUGCAUGGUUGGUUGA